AUGGUAUACACAAAUUGGGACACCUGUUUUGACCUGGCGCAUGAGCACAACAGAGUGUGUUGCAAUAUCACUUAUGUGUCCUAUAGACUCAAAAUGAUUAUCCCGCUGAUGCUGCUCUCCCUCAUCAUGGUCCAGACCCGAGCAAGUUCCAGCUCUGACGUCGCCGUCAUGCCUUGUGACUUCAACGCCCUCUGUCGUUGCGAUGUGAACCAGACGGUGGCCUUGUGCCAAGGCGUUCCCUUCACUACAUUACCAAGUUUGGAUAAACUGCAACGCGUGAUCAUCCGAGACUCCCCGACGCUUCAAGUGUUACGGAACACCUCCAAGGCAACAACCCACUCUAGUCCCGUGACGUCGCUAAAAAUCAACAGCAAUCCACUAGGCCUAGUCGAACCGGGCGCCUUUUCGAGCACACCGAACUUAACCAUCCUUGACAUUGGUCACAACAGCAUCAGAAAAUUCCCUACGCUUUCACUUCUCACUCUGAGCCAUCUUCAGCAAUUGGGUCUAAGCUCAAACCAUAUCGGUGACCUCGAACCCAAUGACCUGUCUCUCCUGUCGACGUACAGCGUGAGGCUCAAGAGCAUUCAACUUUCUCGGAACCUUCUGACCACCAUUCGUAACUCCACUUUUUCGUCACUAACUGACCUGACAAUACUCGAUCUGAGUUCAAACCACAUCCACACAAUAGGUGGGCUACCCUUUCCAGAAUCUAUCAUCAAACUCGAUCUCAGUGGAAACCUUCUCGAUGAACUUCCGUCUGAAUGCUUCUCAAACCUCAAGACUCUUACCUACCUUCUUCUUAAUGACAACCAGAUUAAACAGCUCCCAGCUCAAUGGCAUCUUCCAACACAACACCUAGAUACCCUGGCCUUAAAUCGCAACCUGCUUUCUACGCUUUCGAGUAAGCUAUUUCUAGAUAACAGGGUUACAGUUCACCUGCUGCUGCUAGCGGACAACUACAUUCGCCAUGUGCCCUCAAGCGUCUUCAAGCUAGUGACCAUAAAACAUCUGUCGCUUUCUGUUAAUCACCUCAAAACGUUGCCGGCUACAUUGUUUGACGGCUUGGAUGGCCUCCUAGCUCAUCUCGAUAUAAGCCAUAACUUUAUUAACGAGUUUCCAAAGGCCAUAAGACUUCUCAGGCGUCUUCAGUUACUUAACCUCGGAGACAAUCUCCUUUCUCAUUUCGACGAAUACGAUUUCUUCGCCAGCAGGCAGCAUUUGCAGUAUCUGGACUUGUCAGCCAAUCGUCUCAAAACGGUUCCCAAGGCAGCCAUCAAGUUUCUGUCUAAACUACAGACAUUAAGACUAGCAGACAACGUCAUUCAGACCAUAACGGGCGACGAUUUUAAACACGGUCUCGAAGAGCUUCUGCUGCUCGAUUUGACGGGAAAUCAAAUCGUAUCUAUUGAAGAUGAGGCUUUUUUCAUGCUCAAGAACCUAGCGGAACUGCGUCUUGCAUUUAAUCCCAUUAAAAAGCUGGGGAACGACAUUUUUCCAAAGCCGUGCCCCAAGCUCAAUAUAUUGCGUCUUUCCCAUACAGCCGUCGAUUUGUACAAAGCCAAAGGACAGUUGCAUAGCUGUUACAACAUCAGUAGAAUUUACGCCCUUCACAGCAAAAUAACAAGCCUCGAUACUUCAGUUCUGUGCCGUUCGAAAAAUCUGCAAGUUUUAAACUUAAGUCAUAACAAUUUACAAAUCGUGCCAAGACAGUGCUUCAAGAGAUCUGCUCAAGGUAAACUUAAGACCUUGGUUUUAGCUCAUAACCGCGUGAACGUAAUAGACAGUUUGGCAUUCAGUAACUUAACGAGCCUUGAGACAAUUGACCUCUCUUUUAAUCAGCUCGACAGCUUGGCGAGUAAGGUAUUCCGGAAUCUACCGAAUUUGACUGUACUCAACCUCAGUCACAACCUGAUUUCAUCCAUAGAGCCCGAUUGUUUCCAAGACCUUCCCAAACUACGAAGUCUUUCCGUGGACUUCAAUCGACUCAUCAGUCUUGACGUCAGCCUAGUUAGCACUCGAUCUACAUUCCCGGUAUUGCAGCUAUGCCUUUCUCAUAACAGCAUCAGCCACCUAAGCUCCAACAUCGGUGACUAUCACACCCUAAACGUCACCCGCGUGGAUCUAAGUUGGAAUAGCAUUGCCUCCAUUCCACGUCACUUCUUUUGGACCAUGCGCCACAGACUAUAUCUCCUCGAUCUAUCCCACAAUCACCUAAAAACCAUACACGUAGAAAUCACUUCCGAACUGCCCCGUGUUCAAAUACUUGACUUGAGCUACAACCUAAUAACAGAAUUGUUCCCGAGAUCAUUUCAGGCGUCGUCCCAUAUACACGUCCUGUCAUUAAGCCAUAAUCAGCUCACGGCCGUCCCAGCAGAAGCCUUUACAAGAAUGACUCACCUAACCACACUGCACCUCGAUCAUAACCGAAUUCCAGUUCUGCCAGACGACAUCUUCGAAGAGACGUCCCUUAUACAAGUCGUCCUGUCACACAACGAGCUUACGAGACCGUUCGCGAAGACGUUCAUACCCGUUAGAGAGACCUUGACGCACUUGGACCUUUCAUUUAACAAGAUCACUCUCAUCGCCACAUCGGAAUUCGACCAACUCAUCAAUCUCGAGUAUCUGAACCUCUCAUCGAAUCAGAUACUGAUUCUUCCUGCAAACGUCUUUGCCAACCUGGAGCGACUCCUCACCAUGGAUCUUUCGAGUAAUCCACUCUUGAGAAUCGAUCAUGGUACAUUCGAUCUCAAACUUCAGACACUUAUUCUUGACGGCUGCAACCUGACGACUAUACCUCCCACGACAGCACCUAAUUUGGCCACCCUGUCGCUCAAAUCCAAUGCCAUUUCUAAUCUCUCGGCGCAAGUCUUCGCGGGUCUCAGAAACCUAAGAUCACUGGAUUUGUCCAGCAACGCCAUCACGGACAUACAUUCUAGCACCUGGAAUCCAGUGUCCGAACUGCGGACACUGGACGUGUCUGCCAACCCAAUCAAGGAACUUGGUGGCCGCAGCUUCAAGGAACUUGCAGCCCUGAUCGAGUUGGACAUCCGAGACCUCAAGCUCCAGUUCCUCGAUGCUCGGACCAUAGAUGCCAUCAGAACUCUGCGCAGCGUGAAAACCAGUACUUACUCCAGUGUACGAGCCUUCAGGCUCCAGGAGCUUCUGUCGCGCUCCAAGUCUCUCCAGAGCGUAACAAUCCACGUGGAUGAGGUGACAUUAUCCUACCAAGUUCAGUGGGCUUUCGGUGGCAAGAUAUCCGAACUGAGCAUAACCGGACGACAGCUCCGUCAAGUGACGCCGGACGCCUUCGAAGGUCUCCACCCGCACGGGCCAAUGACGUUUCGGAUAUCAAACUGCCCCUUCCUGGAGAUACUGCCGGUUGCCCUCCUGGAACGCUGGGGGGCGCUGCCGAGGCUCACCCUCGAUCUGUCCCACAAUCCCCGGCUUUCGGGGUUCACGUCCAGGAGCGAAGAGGAGCAGGAAGACUCGGACGAGAAGGACAACGGUCGCGAUGAGGAGACGCUCUCUCACUACGUCACCGGUGAGUAG